UCCAAUCAGGUGUGUCACCGGGCUUGUAUUUGAACCACGGUGUACAACAACGUUCAAACACAUCUCUCUGCAUCAGUGUCUAAACAGGAACAAUGAUCACAUUCAUUGCUGCUCUUUGCUUGUUUACAACAGUGAAAACUGAAAGUUCUGGCCUUCAGGUUCAAACUGUGAAGAUUGGAAAUAAGGUUACGAUAAAAUGCGAUCAAACUUUGGACAAAGAGAAUACAAGUCAUUUUUUAGUUUGGUAUAAGCAGAGUUUAGGACAGGGACCAAAAUUUGUUGUGAGGUCAUUUACGGACAAUAAGAAACCCAGAUUUGCCUUGGAUUUUGCUGCUGGUCGUUUUACUGUGGAUGGUACAUUUGAUCUCAGUAUUAGUGAAACCAAACAAGAGGAUGAAGGAACUUAUUUCUGUGGAACAGUGAUAUCCAAUAUUGUGGAAUUUGGAUCUGGAACUCUCUUGUUUUUGCAAGCUGACAAGUUGAACGACAAUCCCCCGACUGAAACAGUGAUCAAGGGUGGAGACUCUGCUACACUCCAGUGUUCAGUUCAACCUUUGAGCUGUUCAGAAGAUCACAGUGUGUACUGGUUCAGACACGGAUCAGGAGAAUCUGAUCCAGGAAUCAUCUUCUCUCAUGGAAACAGGAGUGAUCAGUGUAAGAAAAGCUCUGAGACUGUUUCUCCUACACAGAGCUGUAUCUACAAACUCCCCAAGAACAACCUCAGCCUCUCUGAUGGAACUUAUUACUGUGCUGUAGCUGCAUGUGGAGAGAUACUGUUUGGAAAUGGAACAAGCUUGACAUUUAAAGGUGAUGACUGCAUGGAGCAGAUGAUCAUAUUGCACUGGCUCUCCAUUAUAAGAACAGCACUUCUUGCCUGCGUGAUUAUUCUUUUUACAGUUCCCCACUGUGUUUAUAAAUGAAGGAGUAAGAAAUGAGGAAAAUGAAGAGUAUCAAAUACUGAACAAGAAAAUCCACUUCAACUGUACAGGGGUUGGACAAUGAAAUUGAAACACCUGGUUUUAGACCACAAUAAUUUAUUGUCCUGACGGACAGUUCUGGUGGAAACAGGAGGGUUGAGGUGCACAUUGAAUUCUGACAUGAUUUGGGCAGCCGUGGUUUUAUGUUUUUUUGGAUAAAAUCCGGGUUAGCACCCAAAGUCCACAGUUAAUCCUGUUGGAUGUGGUUGGUCCUUCUUGGUGGUAUGCUGACAUUACCCUGGAUACCGUGGCUCUUGAUGCAUCACAAAGACUAGCUGUCUUGGUCACAGAUGUAUGGAACGCCCUUUGGGUCUUUACGUCUACAUUGACGUCCGUGUUAACACGUCCAAUUUGAACGUCUUAAGACGGCAAAUCUUACCGUGUUAACACGUUACUUUUGGACGUCUUAAGACGUUUAGAUGAUAGUACUUCCAUACUAUUGGUUGCCUCAAAUGUACCCACCCCUUGUUGAUGUAGGGUUUGCGUUGUGGUCACGUGGGCUCUACGCUGUGGUCACAUGUGCUUUAUGUUGUGGUCACAUGGGCUCUACGUUGUGGUCACAUGGGCUCUACGUAGGCUGUUUGUGAGGAUACGUAUGCAUCACAUGUCUUAUACGCAGCUGUGAAGUUGUAAUCGCAAUGGUCCAUGUGUGCCGGGUGGGUUUAUCUGUGAGAGUAAUUUGGGGCAAGGUCAGGGUGGGUCUUUGGAGGGGCUUUUUUGCAGUGUUUGGAUUCCCCCCCUCAGAUGUGAGUGCAGUGGUAGCACCCAAUUUUAAAGUUACGUGUUAACGCGGCACAUUUUGCCGUCUUAAGACGUUUGGAUGUCUUAAGACGUCCAAAAGUAACGUGUUAACACGGUAAGAUUUGCCGUCUUAAGACGUUCAAAUUGGACGUGUUAACACGGACGUCAAUGUAGACGUAAAGACCCAAAGGGCGUUCCAUACAGAUGCGCCAGCAAGACGUGCACCAACAAUUUGUCCUCUUUUGAACUCUGGUACGUCUCCCAUAAUGUUGUGUGCAUUGCAAUAUUUUGAGCAGAACUGUGCUCUUACCCUGCUAAUUGAACUUUCACACUCUUCUCUUACUGGUGCAAUGUGCAAUUAAUGAAGAUUGGCCACCAGGCUGCUCCAAUUUAGCCAUGAAACCUCCCACACUAAAAUGACAGGUGUUUCAGUUUCAUUGUCCAACCCCUGUACAUCAAAUAUUCAGAAUUUUGUUUUAGCUAGAAUUAUUCAGUGUUUCUGCAUAAUUUGUGUAAACGUGUGUUUUGAGUUAGUCAGUAAUUUUGCUAAAUCAAUCGGCUUUCCUAUUACAAAGUUUAUCUUUGUUCCUUCAUUUGAUGUUUCAGAUAAUAAUAUGCAGGAUAUGCUAAUGCUUCUCAUUAAACAUAAUGCUGU